AUGUUUGAUGCAAAAUCUACUUCAGUUCCCUUGGCUGCCCAUUUUGUGUUGAGUAAAGAUCAAUGCCCUCAAACUAAGUCUGAUAUAGAUGCUAUGAAGAGGGUUCCUUAUGCAAAUGCUAUUGGUUCUGUGAUGUAUUUGAUGGUAAGCACUAGGCCUGAUAUUGCCUAUGCAGUUUCAUGCCUUAGUAGAUAUAUGUCAAAUCCUGGAUCUGUGCAUUGGGAGGCCUUGAAAUGGCUCCUUAGAUAUCUUAAGCAUACUGCUAAGUAUGGUUUGUGUUAUUCUAAAUGUGAUGAAGGUGUUAACUUAACUGGUUUUGUGGACUCUAACUAUGCUAAUGACAGGGAUAAGAGGAAGUCAACUACCUCCUAUGUGUUUACUGUCUGCAGGUCUUGUGUUAGUUGGAAAUCUCAAUUGCAGCAUAUAGUGGCCUUAUCCACUACUGAGUCAGAAUAUAUUGCUAUUACAGAAGCAAUGAAAGAG